GAAGAGGGGACUAGCACGAAUGACGUAGCUAUAGACACAGUGUGAAAGUAUUAGAAACAAGGAGCAGUAGCCUAUUCUGUGUACGUUGAUGAAACUGUCCUCUGUUACUCAUCUUGUCGUCACCGUUGGAUUACAAAUAUAAUAAAUUCGCGGUGAAUCACGAAUUAUAGCUGAUUUGUUCGUUAAAACGUUUCGUAGGGUCAUAAAAGGAUCGUUGCUGAGAGAUAAAGCUGGAAGGCGUCGAUCGAUACGAAGGAGACACCGGCUAAGGAUGGUCGUUAAAAUCUACGUAUCGGGUAUCAGCGGGAACAAGGAAGUGAAGAAAAGACAGCAGCGGGUUUUAAUGAUAUUGGAUAGUAAAAAUGUAGAUUAUGAAACUAUCGAUAUAACCGAACCAGGAAAGGAGUUGGAUAAAGAGUUUAUGCAAAGCAAUAGCGUUGGAAGAGACAGUAAAUAUCCUUUACCACCUCAAAUAUUUAAUGAAGAUGAAUAUUGUGGGGAUUAUGAAGAUUUUGAUAUGGCUAAUGAGUUAGACGAAUUAGAAAAAUUUCUUAAAAUAACACCUCCAGUUAGUCCAGAAGAUAUUUCUCAAGAUUCAAAAGCACAAAACAAUGAUGUUCAAGAAAAUGGGAACACUUCGAGUCGAGAGCCAUCCACAGACAAAGAUGCAGCUACAGUAAAAUCAGAAAGCGCAGAAGAUAGAACAGAUUUGCCAAACGAUAAUGAUCCAUUAGAUGGAUCCAAACCGACAGAACUUGAUGGUGGAACAAAAGGGAAUGAAGAAGAUGUAGAACAAAUGGAAGAAACUGGCGAUAAGAAUGAAGAGAAAUCUGAUGAUCAAGAAAAAGAAGAAUAGAGAAUUAUGACUAUCAUCUUUUUAAGGCUGAGUGAGUAUACUGCCACUACCACUUUUCUGAACAACAGGAUAAAUAUUAAUUGCAUUGUAUAGGGUCAUCCAUAUGCAAUACUUUUUUUAGAGCCGCGAUGAAUUGAAAUCAAAAAUCUAUAUCAAUCUUUUUUUUUUUUAUAAGAUACAAAAUGAGAUUUUAUUUUAUUUCAUAAUAUUAGUUUAUAUAAAUUUUUAAGUCGUUGAAUCGUUUACACUAUAUCUCUCCAUUGCUUCUCAUUACAGUUCUCAUAUCGAAAGUUAUCAAGCAUAUCUUUUGUUCAUUAUUAUCAUUAUAAUGAAAAAGUCAGAUCGGAAUUAAACGUAUUAUAAUAGUAUGCUGAGAUUGUUAGAAGUUUAAUGAAAAACUUAGAAAAGAGUAUAUAUGAUAUCUAAAUAUAUAUAUAUAUAUAUCUACUAAAUUAUGCUCUUCUUUAAAGGAACAGUAUUAUUCAGCCUCUUUAAAGUUUCUCAUUUGCGCAUGUUAGCUUACAAAUUGCAAGUAUUUUAUCCAGAAGAUUAAUUAGAAAUUUGAUUAUUUUUUAUCCUCAUCUAUUCGUGUUAUUAUUCUUAUAGAAAGAUAAUAGAGAAUGAAAAUUCUUUGUCCAGCAAUUUUUUGCUAUGAAAUUGUAUUAUUCUUUAGGAAUAUACGUAAUGAUUUACGGAGAAAUACGGCAAUGACAUUUGAAAGACAAAUUAAUUAUUGUAUAAAAAUAAAUGAGAGAUGAAGGAUUAAUGAUGCAUUCAAAAAUUAGAAUACCAAGAGAUUUAUUAAAUAUAAUCGAUCAAAUGUAAUGUUCUCAUGUAAAUGUAUAUUUAUUGUUUGAAAGGAAAUAUGGAACAAGUAACAAAGUUGCACUUCCUUUGUGACAAAGCAUUUUACAAAUAUUUAAUAUACUUUAGUCAUAAGAAAAAGACAAGUGACCUAAUCAACAUCAGUGUAUAUACUGAUAGAGUAUUGUUGAUAAGGAACAAAACAUCUUACUCGUUUCAAACAUCAAAUUUUUAGAUUAUUGAGGUCUUUUUGUUGCUUAUUGAAUAAUAAAAGAAUCAUUUAAGAAAUCAAAAGUUCAAUCGUACAAUCGACAUAUUUCUAAAUAUAUAUUUUGGCAAUAAUUAGCAACACUGCUACUGAAACGUCUUCAAUUUUAAAUUACAGAUGUUUCUAUUUAUUUAUCUACAAUUAAUGAUAAUUUUAUUAUUGUUUACACACGUUUAUACAGCUUUACAUUCUAUAAUAGCUAUUUCAUCAUUGAAAGGCCUAAUAUCAUUAUUUUUCUCUCCUAUUAUUUAUCAGAAAAUUAAGCUUUAUUAUUACAUUUACAUGCUGGUUAUGGUUAGAAUAUGUUAUGCUUGAAUUAUUAUAAUCUACAAACUUCUAUAAUAAAUAUAUCAUAUGAAACAGCUUAUGUAUUCGAAAUAGUUUUGACAUUUAUAAUUUAAAAAUGUCAAACAUUAAAGAAUUUAAUUGCCUUUUAGCAGAACUAAAUCUGAUGCAUUAUAUAUUAGGUAAACAAUAUAUAGGUGCUGGAUAAUAAUGCUAAAUAAAGUUUACUAUAAUAGAUUUUGAAUAAAAUACGUAUAUUUGCAAUAUCAGAAUUCUUCAUACAUAAUAUAUACAAAUCAUAACAAUUAUUUAUAUUGCGUAUGAUUACCUUAAAAAAUGUAAUAAAAAAAGAUUUAAUUUAUAUAUACAAUUUCGAUUAUCUACAUAUUACUGUUAAACAAAAAAAAUUAUAAUAAAUCCUUUUAUAAUAUAUACACUAUUGAAGAAGUAAAAAUAUUAAAUUUCCAAUAAUAUCAUGUGAAAAAUAUGUAAGAUACACAGUUGAAGGAAAUAUUUUUUUAAACAAGAUGGUAAGUAAUGCCUAAAAACUUAAUUCUUACUUAAUACAUAAAAAUCCAAUAUAUCGUAAAAACAUUUAUUGUUGAUAAAUUACAUACAAAAUAUUUUUAAUUUUUUCUGUAAAAUUUUUCACCCGAUCAACAAUGAAUUUUUAAUUCUAUAUAAAAUAUGUUGACAUUUUACAAAUAUACAUUUACAUAUAUGUUUAUGUAACUAUUACUAUUACAAUUCUCUGUUCUGCAAUACAAGGAGAUAUUGAUAUACAAAUAUAUGAAAAAUAUUCUGUGCUAUGAGAAAUAAAUGUUUAAAUUUCUAUAACUAUGAACAUAGUUUAACAAAAUGUAUAUUAUAAAAUAAUGAAUUUAUUUAUUAAAUAGCUGAUUUAAAAGAAACUUUAAAUUCUGUACAUUAUAAACUAUUCCUUAAACAAUAAUGAUCACCAAGGCACAUAUGUAUAUACUCUACACAGCCAAAAAAAUAAAAGUAUAUUUUACUUACUAUAGCUUUGCUUAUUAUUAUUAGCUCUUUGAAUUUAUUUAUUGAUGUAUAAGUCAUCUCUUUGAAAUUUGUAGGACAUAUGAUAGAAUUUCUCUAUUAGAUUUUCUUCAAAAAUGUUCCCACUGUACACCCGUCUCCCCUAUGUUGUAAUAAAUUGUUCCUGAAAACAACAAUUUUAAAUGUGCUUUGGAUAAUUACAAUUUUUAUAUGAAGAAAAAAAUAUUCUAAAUCUAAAUCAAGUCUCUUAUUUAUUCACAGAAGUAUUAUUUAAAUAAUAAUAUUAAGUACUAAUAGAGAAAAUAUAUAAGUUAUAUCAGUAUCACCUAGAUUUUGCUUAUACAAAUAUUAAGAUUAUUUAAUUAUUAUCAUUACUUGUCAUCAUCAUUUACAAUAGAUUAAAAUAAUCAGAUAUUUAUUUCAUUGCAAACAUUAUUUCUUCCUACAUGAAUAUAUGUUAUAGCAUAUAUGUUACUUUUUAUAAAGAUUUUUAAAAAAUUAUUAGAGAUAUGCGAAUAUCAUUUCAUUUUUUAUAUAAUCAUGAAAGUAUGAGGCUCAGUAAACAAAUACUAUUAUGAAUGCAAAAGAACUAGUCAUUUUAUUAUAUUCAAUUUGCUUCUCAAAUUGCAUAUGUCAAAAGAAAACAAAAAUAAAUAAAGGGUAAUUGGUUUAUAUAAGUUUUCAUUUAUUUUAGAUUAAUCGUACUAACUAACAAAUAUCCACUGUGUAUAUGUUUAUUUGUAUACUGAUCUAUAAUGCUACUUAACAUUGUUUCUCAAUGCGCAGGUAUGCAAGUAUGAAAAAUGUUCCUGCCAGUUUGGAUAUAAAUAACAGCUGAAGUAGCAAUUUUUGUUUAAAUUUAUGGGUCAUGAUGACAGACAUCUCUACAUAUACUUGAUUAAUAUAAUCAUUAUGAUUAUUUUUUUUUGCUACUUCUGCAAUUGCUAUUCAUCAUUUGUUUAAUGCAGCAUUUUCACAGGCACAUUGUAAGGCAAAUUGUUUGCCGACAAUAUUAUAAAAUAAUAAAGAUAAAAGUAUAAAACAA